GGAAAAGUUGGGAAAAGUACGGACCAUGAGGAGAUUUUGUUUUGAGGCUAGGAAGAAGAUAUGUGAUUCAAGUAUUGACGAAUUGAGUAUUUUAGACGCAUAUUUAUGAUAAUAAAACAGAGCAUAACAUUACGUGUGACAGUAUAAUUUAAUAUCAUAACAUUGGUGACCCCGCCGAGAACGUAUUGUUUACAAAAUACAAAGCACAGCCGUCAAAAGGAACGAUGCAAAGGGACGCUAUAGUUGACAUUCCAGAAGCCGGAAACGUCGAAGAAACGGUCGAAUCACUACGAACGCAGAUGGCAGCCAUGCAAGCUGCCAUUGAAGGACAAUCAUCAUCGUCAUUUUUUCGCCCAAAAUCCUUCAGUGGGUUUUCGUAUGAGGAUAUUACCGACUUUAUCGAAAGAUUUGAACGAUACAGCAAGUUUUAUAAUUGGACAAACGCCAAGAAACUGUCUGCAUUAAUGCUAUUGUUUGAAGGCCCAGCGUUGGCAUGGCUACAUACGGUACCAGACGAGACAAGGAACAAUUAUGCUAGUCUAAUAACGGCCCUUCGACAGCGAUUUGCUUCACCAAACGAAGAGUUCCUUCAGAGACAACAAUUAAAUGACCGAAAGCAAGGUAAGAGCGAAAGCCUUAACAGUUACACAGAGGACAUUAUUCGUAGAUGCAGCCGACUUGGACUUAAUGACACCAACAGAAUGAACUGUUUCAUAUCAGGACUAAACGACGAGUUAAAAUCGCAUGUCAUUUUGAACCGCCCAACAACAUUUGAGGAAGCCGAAUCCUUGGCGCGCCUGAAAGAUACUGUCAGCAGAAGUACAAAAUGUGGCAAAGCAGAGUUACCUGCUCCAAAUAAUGUAAUAAAUCAGAUACAUGAUCUCCUAAAUGAGAAAAAAGCUUCAGAGAAACAAGUAGAAACAAUUUCUAAUGAUAACCUCAGAGAACGACAACGCCUAGCAGAGCUCGAGGGCCAAGUGCAACUUUUAAUGUCCACUAUUGACCGACCACGAGCAUCCACAGUAGCACCUAUUUCAACCAAUUAUCCCCCUGUUCAGACUCCCUCUACCCAGGAUAUCGACGCCAUGAAAAGGGAUAUCAUAGCAGCAGUUCGAGACGAAAUCAGGAAAGACACACCACAAAAUGCCCCAACAGACCGACAGGAUUUCAGCGUAGGAAACAGAUAUCCCCGGCGAGACAGCAGAGGACGAAACCUUCGAACAACGGACGGGCAGCCAAUCUGCAAUACCUGCCAAAGAGUUGGGCAUGUUGCAAGGUAUUGCAAGGAAGCAGGAGAGAGACUCCUCAACAGAUACCAUCUAGCUGGUGCAGCAUCCCUGGUAUGCCCAGACAUACAAGGAAAUAUCCCUUUCCGGUUACUAAAUCCAACUGAUGAGCCUGUUACAAUCUUCCGUGGUGCCACAUUAGGACAGUUCACACAAAAAGAUUUCGAGACCACACCUCUUACUGAUCCGCCCACCCCUAUGUCAUGUACAGGAUUACCCACGACAACUCAGAGAAGCACCUCACUACCUAUUAUCAACCCCUUGGCAAGCACAAUCCACCAAUCUGAUUUCGCUGAUCUGCAAGACCCACCUAGAACACCAACCCCACAAAGCCCAACUUCCGCUUCAGCCACGCCCUCUGAUUUUCCCAACCUGACCAACUCCGUGUUGUCUAACCCUGAGAAACAAGCCCUCUCAGAACUGCUUAUCGAAUACUCCGACGUCCUGUCUCAUUCAACCAAAAGCUUGGGUCGAACAAACCUGGUCCAACAUAGAAUUGAUGUCGGGCCUAGUCCCCCAAUUCGCCAACCUCCAUACAGGGCCCCCACACCAAACGACGAGAGAUUGAAAACCAUGUUCAAGAAAUGCUGCAUGCAAACUUGAUCCAACCUUCCAAUAGUCCGUGGAGUGCUCCAGUUGUCCUGGUCAAGAAAAAAGAUGGCUCAUCCCGUUUCUGUGUAGACUAUCGUAGGCUCAACUCGGUUACACGUAAGGACAGCUAUCCAAUUCCACGAGUAGAUGAUGCUUUAGAUGCUCUCUCUGGAGCCAAAUACUUCAGUACACUCGACCUUCGUAGCGGUUAUCAUCAAGUCGAAAUGGACAAAUCAUCUCAACAGUACACAGCCUUCGCCACGGCAUCGGGUUUGUACGAGUUCUGUGUGCUACCUUUCGGUCUGUGCAACGCGCCUUCCACCUUUCAACGCUUAAUGCACCAAGUACUCCAAGGAUUGGACGGGAACAUCUGCCUAAUAUAUCUGGAUGAUAUUAUCGUAUUUUCUUGCACAUUCGACGAACACCUUUCCCGCCUAAGAUUAGUUCUCGAUCGUCUACGAGCGGCUAACCUUACUUUGAAUCCGAGUAAGUGUUUCUUUGGCCAACAAUCUGUGUCUUUCCUUGGUCACCUUAUCUCCCAACAUGGGAUCCAACCUAACCCCGAGAAAACACAAUUGGUACGUGACUUCCCUCGUCCUCGAAGUGUAAAGGACAUUCGUGCUUUUAUUGGCCUUGCAAGUUACUACCGCCGGUUCGUGAAAGACUUUUCAUCAAUUGCCGCUCCCCUCACUCGGUUGACCAGAAAGAAUACCGCAUUUAAGUGGGAUGAGUCAUGUGAAAGAGCCUUUAAUUGCCUGAAGAACGCCCUGGUUACACCACC